UUCCAUAGUAACCGUACUAAGCUGUCAAGUUUCAAUUUCCCGCUCGCGAUCGCGGUGGCCGCGACCAGGUGUUUCGGGAUCAAGUUACCUUAGCAGAACAAGAUUCUCAGUUGUUUCGUGACCUUUCACUAACAUAACUAGAUUUAUUAUAACAAUUUCGUACGUGCAAGCAUGAGCACCGGAACGUUCAAAAGUUCUCCGAAACGCAUUUAAAAGAAAAAAGUCGGGCGUUUGUGCUUUUGUGCUACAAGUGUGUGUGUGUGGUAAAACGACUAGCUUAAAUUCGAACGCAAUAUGAAAAAUAGAAUUCUAAUCUUCUUAGGACUUGCAUCUACAGUCUAUUGUGAACGAGAACAUAAGGUUCACAAUAUCGUCCUAUAUCCCGAAAAGCAUUCCUGGUGCCAGAUCACCCCAAUCCAACAAAUCGUUGGCUCUCCUGGGUAUGAACCAGUAACUAUCGACAACAACGUUUGUGUGGGGGCGUGUUACAGCUACUCCAUCCCCAAAACGCAACCCGCCGAACCGGGAGAACUCAUCGGUCCAUACUGUGACAGCUGUCAACCCGCGGAGAUCAAAUGCUACCAUGUCAACCUGCGAAGAGACGAAAAAAGUCCUGAUCUUCCGAAGAUCCUCCAGAAACGGGUGCAGAUCAUCACGAACUGCUCGUGUCAAAGUUGUGACAAGGUGAGAAAAGAUGACUGCGAGAUCACAGAUGAAAAUACGCUGGAAUUGCCGAGGAGCAUGUUCACAGAUGAGAGGAAUCAAAACAAGUCCGCUGGAGACGAAGUACCUGAAUUACUUGAAAGAAAUGAUACGAAGCCCGCGACAUCUUCAGAUACCGAAACCGAUAUAAAAUUCAAGAACAAGCUGAAAAAAUGGUUCGAGAUCUACCAAAACGAAUCGGAGUCCGACCAACUGAAAGAUGAUACAGACAGCGAGUACUACUUCCAAAAGUUCAAAUCGCCGGUGUACCAUUUGGGACUGGAACAUAACCAAGAGACCAACACUAAGAUAGAGCAGGAUCUGAAGAAUUUGCCUGAAAAUUUUGGUGUUGAGGGAGCAUCCAGUCACCAUAAGGGCAACCAUGUUGGUAUGGGCAUUGCUCAUAGUCAAAAUGAGGUCGUAGCUCAGCCGGAAGUUAAGGUUUUAGCUGAAGACAGAGGUGAAGGUCCACAGAGUCAUCAUAAGGGAGGUCACGUGGGUGUUGGAGUGAGUCAUAGUCAAAAUGACCUAGUGGUGGAAGAUUUGGUAAAAAAACACCACGAACACCAUGAAGAUAGUAACCAUCAUCAAGGACACCAUGGCAACCAUCAUCAUCACAAGCAUCAUCUUGGGGACGAGGAACAGAUUGGUGAGUUGUUAUGAAUGAAUCUUUCUGAAAU